GAAAAGUGAUUUGUCCAAACUUGGCACGAGAGGUCCUCCUGUUUCUGCCAAUUUAAUGCCUAUCCUUGUUCAGUCCUGAAACGGGGAGGCAGCCUGUUAUUGUGAAACCUUGUGCUAAGCCAACAAAUACUCCAUCGCUGCCCUGCGCCUCUAUUUGCCGCUUGCUAUUUUCUCCCAGCUCAGCAUCGUGAAAAUGCUUUUCUCCUCGGUUCUUUCACACCGCUUCCUGCUUCAGAAGGCGAUUCUCGCUCCUGUCUCUUUGCUGCAAUAUAUCCCAGGGAUAAAAAAUCUGGUAUCCAAGCCGAAAGUGUCGGUUACUUAUAGCCAGAAGAAGGGCUUAGAAUGCAUCUCGCCAUUAUUCUCCACCGUACAAGAAACACCUCAAGCAAUCCCAGUAAAACUCCAAGGGAAGAUUCCCAAAUGGUUGAAAGGAAAGCUGCUGAGGAAUGGGCCAGGAAAAUUCGAAUUUGGACCAAAUAAGUACAACCACUGGUUUGAUGGCAUGGCACUCAUGCAUAAGUUUGAAAUUGAAGAUGGGGUGGUGAAAUACAGCAGCAAGUUUCUACGGAGUGAUAGUUACUUGACCAACAGCAAGAACAAUCGAAUCAUGAUCUCUGAAUUUGGCACCUUGGCUAUGCCAGAUCCUUGCAAGAAUAUUUUUGAGCGCUUCAUGUCAAAGUUUGACUUGUCAAAACAGACAGACAACUGUCUUGUGAAUUUUGCGGUCAUCAAAGGUGACUAUUUUGUCAGCACGGAGACCAGUCAAAUGCACAAGGUGGAUCUGGACACACUUGAAUCAAAGGAGAAGGUGAACUGGAAUAAGUAUGUUGCAGUGAAUGGAGCCACAGCCCACCCACACUAUGAUCCAGAUGGAACAGUCUACAACAUGGGCAGCUCUUAUGGGAUGCAUGGCUCCAACUAUAACAUCAUCCGUGUUCCUCCUCAGAAGUCUCAGCCUAGUGACUCCAGCCUGCAAGGCGCGGAGGUCUUGUGCACCAUUCAACCCGAGGACAGAAUGAAGUCAGCCUAUUAUCACAGUUUUGGAAUGAGUGAAAACUACCUGAUUUUUAUUGAGCAGCCUUUACUUAUAAAGUGGUGGGAGAUGAUUACAGCCAAUUCUGGGAAAUUCGUUCUGGAUGCACUGAGUUGGGAGCCUCAGCUAAACUCCCGCUUUCAUGUUGUGAACAAGCACACGGGGCAGAUCUUACCCUUGCAGUAUCAUAGCAAGGCCUUCAGCUUUUUCCACCAAAUCAACGCCUUUGAGGACCAGGGGUGCAUCGUCCUGGAUCUCUGCUGCUUCGAUGAUGCGAAAAUUUUUGACAUUUACCAACUGCAGAACCUCCACAAGGCUGGAGAAGCCCUUGACCAGACCUACAACAUGCUCUCGAAGCCAUUUCCACGGCGUUUUGUUCUUCCCAUCACGGUGAGCUCCAAGGCAUCUGUGGGGCAGAAUGUUAACCCUUUGUCCUACACGUUGGCAGAAGCUGUGAAGGAGGCGGAUGGGAAGAUCUGGUGCACACCUGAAAGUCUACACAAGGAGGACCUCAAAGAAGCAGGAGGAGUGGAAUUCCCUCACAUCAACUAUGCACAUUACUCUGGGAAAAAAUAUCGUUAUUUCUACGGCUGCGGCCUCGGUCAUGUCAUUGGAGACUCCUUGAUCAAGGUUGAUACAGAAACCAAGGAGAUGAAGAUUUGGCGUGAGAAAGGGAUGUAUCCUUCUGAGCCCAUAUUUGUGCCAGAACCUGGUUCUUUAGGGGCAGAAGACAAGGGAGUGAUCCUCUCAGUGGUGCUCACCCCCAAGCAGAAUGAAGGCAGCUUCCUUCUUGUUCUGGAUGCGGAGAAUUUCACUGAACUGGGCCGCACCGAAAUCCCCGUCAAGCUCCCCUAUGGCUUCCAUGGGAGCUUUGUCCCCAACAAAAAUGCCACCUGUUGAGACAACAGAGAUUCGGGGAUCUCCUCCAUGAUGUCCAAAACAAAUGACUUCCUCUAGAUGUGCCUUAAUUUCCUAGGCUACCCCAUCGGGCUCUGCUUUGAUUCACAGAGAGCCAUUUUUCUCAUCUAAGUCAAGGUUUGUA